AGCCGCAGAAAGAAACAGAGAAGGGGAGAGAAACAAAAUGGAAGCAAUUGCCGAAAAGAAGGCGGAAUUUGAAGAAGGUGAGAUAAAAUACGUUAGCUAUGGAGGGGAGCAUCAUCUUCCUCUCAUCAUGAACCUGGUGGAUCAAGAACUCAGUGAGCCUUACUCCAUCUUCACCUACCGAUAUUUCGUCUACCUUUGGCCCCAACUCUCCUUCCUCGCUUUUCACAAGGGUAAAUGUGUUGGAACCGUGGUGUCCAAGAUGGGGGAACAUAGAAAUACUUUCAGGGGCUACAUUGCCAUGCUAGUUGUAAUCAAGCCCUAUCGUGGAAGAGGCAUUGCCACUGAGCUCGUUACCAGGUCCAUUAGGAUGAUGAUGGAAUCUGGAUGUGAAGAGGUCACACUGGAAGCGGAAGUGACAAACAAAGGAGCACUGGCACUAUAUGGGCGCCUCGGGUUCAUCAGGGCGAAGCGACUUUUUCAUUACUACUUGAACGGCGUUGAUGCUUUCCGUUUGAAGCUAUUAUUUCCUCCUCUUCCUCCUCUUGACCAAGAGCUAUAUUCUUCACCAGACACUUGAAGAAUGUGCAUUCUGCAGUGCUGGUAUUAUACAUU